UCCUAAAUUUGCACCUCACCACCCCUGUACGAGACUAUUUAGUUUUUUUUUUGUGUGGGGAAAAUGAGGACUUUUUUUGGUUUUUCCCUUUUCAGGGAAAAAGAAAAUUUAAGGUUGGCGACCCUCGACCUAAAUGUCAUUCUCAAUUUAUGCAAUAUUAGCAUGUAUUGACAUUUGCGAUUCGUGUGUCUGAUGUGACUUUUACUCCUUUUCUUUACUAGUAAAUAAAUGUUAUACAAUAAAAAAAAUGACAAGUAGAGCAAGUUUUAAAACUUCUCGUAUGAAUUUUAAAGUACAAAAUGAAUAUUCUGAGGGUAAAGGUAGUAAACCGAUAAGGGAAGCGUCAUCAAUUUUAGAAGUGCUUGUGCUUAUGAUUGUGCACAUUUGUAAGAAGGUACUAUUUUUCGAUACCAAUUUAAAAAUAGCUCUCUAUCUAGGAGCUCUCUUUUUGCUAUCAUUAAUAGCUGAUGUACUUACAUUUCCGAAAUCAUAUUUUUCAAGAAGUGAUAACAUCUUCAACCAAUAUUUUGUGAAAAUCGGAUGGUUUUGGACAUUAUUUUUAACAGUACCGUAUGUUUUGUUGACAUCCUACACUACUUGUUGUGGUAAAAGAAGACUUAUAAUCACCGCUCACUUGACAAGACUCUUUAUUGCAACCUGCUUUUGGUAUACAUGGACAACACUUUUUAAUAUCAUAGAAACAAACUAUGGACGAUGUAAUUCCAAACAGUUUAAUGACAAGAUUUCUUGUUUGAAAAGUGGUAAUUUUUGGAACGGAUUUGAUAUUUCAGGGCAUUGUUUUAUUCUAAUAUAUUCUAGUCUAGUUAUGAUAGAAGAAGCUAGAGCAAUAAAUGGUUGGGAAAGAAUAAAAGAUUAUAUUAGAGAUGAAAAAUACUCUCGUAGUGUUGAAGACAAAUCUGUUAGCAUGAACCCUCUGAAAAAUAUAGAAGCUAAUGAGUUAGAUAUUUUAAAAGUGUCUUAUGAGAAUUUUACUCCCUAUGUAAGGGCAUUUCUAAUUGGUAUUGCACUUCUUCAGUUAUUAUGGGAUGUAAUGUUAUUUUCAACAAUACUAUACUACCACAUUAUGGUGGAGAAAUUUAUAAGUGGUGUCAUAGCAAUCCUCACUUGGUUUAUUACAUAUAGAGUUUGGUACAGUAUACCAAAUAUCUUGCCAAAUUUACCAGGAGAGGGUUUGUUUAAGUAUAAUAAAGAAAAGGCUGCUUCAGCACCACCUUCAUAUAGAAAACGAGUGAGUACCUCAAAUGGUAAACACUUUAUGGGUAUGCCUCUAAAUAAAAGUCAAGAAACAGAUGCACCAACUGAAGAAACAAGAUAACAGGUCAAAUUCAUGAACAAAUUGUGAACAUGUUUUCUGUGUUGUUAGGAGUUACUACCAUGAUUAAUUUUUAUAGAAUAAUAAAAACAAUCUUAGUAUGUCUUUUAAUUUUAUUAAGAAGUUAAUAGAACAAAAUCAAUAAUAACAAUAAUUUACAAACUACUAUAAUAACAGGAUCUUUAUUUGUAGUCAUACCAUAAUAAAAUAAAUAUUAUACAUAUAUUAUUUAUAAAAGAUAUGCCAAGAUUGUCUCCAAAAUUGGUUUGAUAUAAUAAAUGAAUAUUGUGAUUAAUUUUGUUUGGGAAGGAAUUGGUACUAAUGAAUGUUUUAGAAACAAAUGUUAAUUUUGUAUAAAUACAAGCUACUUUUUCAAAUUAUUGUUUUACUUUAACAAUAUUGCAUUUAAAGUAUUUAUCACUUUGGUCAUUUUAUGUCAUUAUUUUUAAAUAAUGUGUAAAGACCACAUUUGCUUAUACAUUGUAUUUUAGGAAUAGCGAUAGCAGUUUAAUUUAUUGUUAAUUA